AUGACUGCAGAAACACGUGUGAUGCAGACAGUGGUCAAACUAGUCUUAACUGCACCAACGAUGCUGCAAGACCUGAAUCCGGUCGACGUGGUGGCCACAGCCCGCCGUACUUUUAACAGUGGUACCACCAGAAACCUGCACCAGCGCAAGAAGUCCCUCCGAAGCCUCGUUAACUUCUUCCAGGAACAGGAAGACGCCAUCAUCGAAUGUGUCUUCGCAGACUCGCGAAAGAACAGAGAAGAAACGCGGUUGGAAAUUUACGCGGCGAUUUCUCACAUCCAGCACUUAAUCGACAACGUGGGCAAAUGGGUGAGCGGGGAAAAUGUGCGGAAGCGAUGGGUCAACACGCUGGACAAAAUUUACGUGCACAGCAAACCAUAUGGGGUGGUUCUUUUGAUGCCUUGCUGGAAUAAGCCCAUCUUGAGUUUGCUACCUCUGGCAGGAGCUAUAGCUGCGGGUAAUUGCGUCGUGAUUAAACCUGCCCAUAAUGGACACCAUUUUGGGAAAUUUUUGGCAACAGUUUUGCCUUCGUACUUGGAUCCUGAGUGCUACCCGAUUUUUUGCGAAAAAAACGACUGUGUGGACAAGCUCCUAGAGGAAAAGUUUGAUUAUAUAUAUUUCACGGGGACGGCUUCAGUUGGAAGAAUUAUUCACAGAGCGGCCAACAAAUAUCUAACGCCUAUUAGUUUGCAGUUGGGGGGUAAAAACCCGGUUUAUAUUGAUUCUAGUGCUGAUUUGGAACAAGCGGCUGCCCGGAUAAUUCGGGGCAAGUGUUUCAACUCGGGACAAACUUGUUCGUGUCCGGAUUACGUCCUUUGCUCAAAACCAAUCACAGAGCGCUUCGUCGAACAUGCCAAAACUGCCAUCGAACGAUUUUACCCAGACUCCCAACACUGUCCCAUAGUUAACGACCACCAGCUCCAGAGAUUGUCAAACUUGCUCAAAGGCCUGGACAUAGCACUAGGAGGCGGAGUGGAUUUUACCCAAAGAACCAUGCAACCCACCGUUGCAGUUAACGUCUCCCCGGAUCACCCCAUCAUGGAAGAGGAGAUCUUGGGUCCCAUUUUACCCAUCGUGACGGUUAACAGUACGGAAGAAGCGGUUAACUGCAUUAACAGACGGGAAAAACCUCUGGUGAUCUAUCUCUUCUCGAAAAAAUCGAGCGUGAAGAGGUUUUUUAUCGAGAAUACUACUUCUGAGGCUGUUACGGUUAACGAUACCAUAGUGGAGAGUUUGCCCUAUGGUGGGCUGGGUUCUAGUGCCAUGGGACGUUUUGAUAGUUUUGACACCAACAAGAAAAUUGGUCCGGAUAAAAACACCUGGGGAAUUGUGGAAAGAGUGAAUGAGUUGAGAUAUCCGCGUCCGACGAAACCCAAGACUGACUUGGCUAAAUUUUUGCUUAAAAAUAGGAGGCGACCAUCAUGGGUUUUAGUGGUUACUUCGAUUGUCGUUUUACUGGCGUUGGGUGCAAGUUUUAAGUUAGAUUUAUGGUCAUAAUUACAUAAUUAUAAUGUA